AUGGCAACCAACGUACCCAUCAAGUAUGAUAUGUUGAGACGGCUGCGAGUAGCUGACUACAUCACUCUUUCCAAUGUUCUCGCUAUUUUCUGUGCAAUAAAGAAAUCGCUGUUGUCGGCGCACUUGCUCAUUUUUCUCGGCUAUGAGUUUGAUCGCUUCGAUGGAAUAGUCGCAAGGGCCAGGAAUGAAUGUUCCGAAUUGGGCAAACAAUUGGAUAGCUUCUGUGAUUUGGUCUCUUUUUGCGUGGCGCCGGCAGUCAUGAUUUAUUCCGCUGGCUUCGAUACCGCGGCCGAUCAGGUAGCUUUGGCUCUUUUUGUAUGUUCAGGCGUUACCCGCCUGGCAAGAUUCAACAUCGUCGCGCACUUGGUGCCCAAGAGCGAUCGGGGCAAAGCGAUGUACCAUGAGGGCCUUGCUACCCCAUAUGCAGCUCUUCUCAUUUCUACUUCAGUUGCUGCUGCGGAGUGGACAGGCUUUUUGGCAAACUUGGCUUCUGGCUCUCAUUACCCAGUCAUAAUUUUUGUGCUGAUUCUCAGUGCUGCUAUGGUUAGCAAGCGGCUGCACUUAUACAUUGAUGGAGCCUACAGCGUCCCGGCUGCGAGCAUCCUGAUUUUCGCAGGAUGCUGGUCGCACUCACCAAUUCCAAUCUGGACUGUGCUAUGUUCCACCAACAGUGCAGGCCCAACAUAUAUUCUCUCCCGCUCUUUCGUUACCGCUUUUCAUUCUCAAACCUUCGCCAUCAUGUCUCUUCGGCCCUACUUGGAAGCUGCCUACAGAGAAGUUCGUUUGUCUACAGACACCGCACUGGCUCCGUUGCAGAAGCUGGACUGCCACCUCAAAAAAGGUCAAGACAACUUGAUCCUGGUCUACGGUGGCUCUUUCAAUCCUCCGCACCGUGGACAUCUGGACGUCCUGCUUUCAGCACUGCACCCUGUGGUCAACGCUGUGGCGGUGGUGGUCCUCCCCAGCGAAGAUUUCCACCUACGACAUAAACUGGCCAAUAGCCACCCAGAGUUCUUCAUGAGUCGCAAGACGAGAGCUGCACUCUGGGCAGAGAUGCCCCAAGUGCCUAGAAGCAAAGUCUGGAUAUGGUCAGAGACAUGGUACCCAUUCUUCACCUUUAUGGAAUCGGCGCAGCGUCUUUGCGAAGCAGAUGGUUACAAUAUUGCGUUUUCGCACCUCAUCGGGCCGGAUAACCUCAACCGAGCCGAUCCACUCAACAAUCUGCCCUAUAGGCUGCCGCGGAUACUUGUUACCAACAAGGCACGGCAUGUCCCCUCUCAAUUCUUGCCAAGCGGACAGCCGACGAAAUGGAAAGGCUUUGGGGAAUGGCUUGCGCAACGAAUGACCGGCGAUGACAAUAGGGAGGAGGCUACUCUAUGGACUUGUCGAGGUACUGACAGCCUCGGCCAGCGGACAAUGGGUUACUACUUGGAUUUCGCAAAGAGACCAACUGGGUCUGACAUCAACUCAACAGCCAUGAGGCGAGACCUCCUCGACAGACACUCAUUGAACGAAGAGAUACUGGGCCGACUCAGCACCGCUGACCUUCUCAGCAUCCUGGAGCCGGUACUGCAAAGCAUGGCAGUAUUGAGUGGUUACUUUAGACCCAAAGUGGCCUUCGUCACUGGAAUUACCGGUCAAGACGGCUCAUAUCUUUCCGAACUGCUGCUGGAAAAGGGCUACCAAGUUCAUGGUCUGGUACGAUCAACUGCUUCCAGACGCGAAGCUCUGAGCAAGCCACUCCGGCCUGGCUUGACUAUACACCUCGGCGAUAUGUCCGACUUGGGUCGUCUCGUCCACAUCUUGGGCAGCAUCAAGCCCGAUGAGAUCUACCAUCUUGCAGCUCAGUCGCAUGUGGCUGUCUCAUUUGACACUCCACUACAGACUAGUGACACCAAUGCUAUGGGAACACUUCGUCUGCUUGAGGCCAUGCGAAUGCUAGGUUUGGACAAGUCGACAAAGUUUUACAAUGCUUGUUCAUCUGAAGUGUUCGGGUCGGACAUGCCCGCUCCACAAACAGAAGAGACCACGUUCCACCCAGUAUCACCAUAUGCGGUGACAAAGUUGUUCCAAUACUGGACUACUGUCAAUUUUAGAGAGGCAUACGGCUUCCAUGCCUCAAAUGGUAUUCUCUUCAACCAUGAAUCACCAAGACGUGGUACCACUUUCGUCACCCGAAAGAUCACUACUCAGGUAGCUUUAAUUGCUUGCGGAAAGCUUGACUUCUUCUCGCUGGGCAAUCUAGACGCUGUCAGAGAUUGGGGCCAUGCAAAGGAUUACAUGCAGGGCGUGUAUUUGAUGCUGCAACAGCCAGUUGGAGGCGAUUACGUUCUUUCGAGUGGGAAAUCCUACAGCGUUCGCGACUUUGUUGAGGCAGCUUUCAAGGUCAUCGGAGUCAACAUUGAAUGGGCUGGAACUGGUGUAAACGAAGUCGGCAUUGACUCGGCCAGCGGAACGGUUCGCGUUAAAGUGAACCCCGAAUUUUACCGACCACUUGAUAACCAGAACUUGCUUGGCUCAGCAGCCAAGGCGAAGAAAAUCCUCGGAUGGAACCCGACAUACAGCUUCGAAGCAUUAGUUGAAGAAAUGGUACUUUGCGACGUUGACGCUGUCAACACAGGUCGUAUCUUCUCCAACAGUUACUUGGACUGGGUAGUUGGCAAGGCGGAAAGCGGAAUUGGGGUCGCGAGUCAUAGUCCUGCCAAGUCUGUUGGUGAGUCUCACAGCGUUACUACGAACUCGGAUGGGCCUGAGAAAAUCAGCCUGGCGGACGUUGAGGGGCUGGAUGCGGAGGUUACAACUCAGGUUUAG